AUGCUCCUGCACGCCUUCAAAAGACUGGGGUCUGCCGUCGUCGCAUACUGGUCCAGCCCGUUUAGCCCCGUCGACCCUGUCACAAAGCCCCGCAGCGACCUCGUCACGUCUGCAUCCUUCGUCCGCCUCGCCCGUCUCCCUCUCGAGCUCGUCGCCAUGAUUCUCAACGAGCUCGCUGUCCUCGACGAGCUCGACGGCGGCACGGCGAGAGCGCCCAUGAUGGCGCCCAGUCGCGAGAUCCGCAUGGCCCUGUCGAGGUGUGCGCGCGUCAGUCGCUCGUGGUACCUGCUCGCACGAGAGCACCUGUACCGGUCCAUCGUCGUCGUCAACUUGUGCCAUUGCGAGGCGUUCGUCAGCGCCAUCGAGCGCAACCCCGACCUCGCCCUCCUGUCGCGCAACCUCGUCCUGUUCGGCGGCACGCUCUUGGCGUCACCGUCGGCGUCCGAGGCCCGGUUCGAGCGCCGGUACGACCUCUUGGUCCGCGUCUUGCGCCUGUGCCCUCGACUCGAGCGGGUCCGGCUCAUGCACAACUGGGACAUCUUCUGCCCACUCGUUAUCGACGCGCUCACGAACCUCAACAACCUGUCGUCACUGUACUGCCGCCCGUUCGUCCUCAAGAUCGUCGAGCAGUACUCGUCGAUCCUCGAUGCGCACGAUCUGCUCUCGCGGCUGCCGCCCUCACUCUCGUACCUGUUCGUCGACGGCACUGUCGGGAGCUAUGACUUCCUGCACCACGUCCCGUCGACGAUCGGCCUCGUCGAGUAUCGGCUGUCGAACACCCACCAGCGGUGCGACCCGACCUUCGUCUUCCAAGAGCUCGAAGCCGACCUUGUCGAGGGCGUCAAGGCCAUCCCGGGCAGCCACAUCAACAUCCUGCACAAGGCAGACGUCGACUCGGCCCUCGUCGGGCGCGUCGUCGCCGGCUUUGCGGCGCAGGGCGUCGAGCUUGCCGCGAUCAGGACGGCGUGA